GAGGCCGCUUCAGUGACAGAGGUGAAGGAUCAGAAGCACAUUCCCAGUGACGGCGACACAGAGCUGAAACAGAAGCAGGGCUUUCCGAGCCUUCCCCCACUGGGGGACAUCGGUGACAUCGUGAAGAAUGUCGAGAACACAAUCAACAAGACAAUCAACGCCGGCAAGGACGCAGUGGAUGAUGCUAAGAGCAUUGCCCUGGACAUCCUGGAGGCCGGCGCGCACAAGGUGAACGAGACGUUGGAGACGUUGGGUAGUGAGAUUUUGGAGGCCAACUCUACUGCUGCAAGCCUCAUCCAGGAGGUUCGUUCCAAGAUCCGCAUGGCAGAAAACAAGGCUCUCGCCUUUGCGGAAGCAGCGGAGGGCCUCCUGAACGCGGUGAUGCCCCAGUUCGACAAGCUCCUUGGCGGACUCCACAAGGCCAUCGGUGUGGCGGAUGAUGCGUUGGAUACCAUGGGCCAGGGGCCGGCAGCGCAGAAACUCGACACAGCCAUGUCGCCUGUCUUCAAGAUUGUCGAGUCUUGGACGACGUCUGUCAACGACGUGCUAAACACCUUGAAGGCCUAUGCAGAUGAUCAGGAGGCGCAAAAGGCCAGCAACGCCAGCAAUGCCAGCAAUGCUAGCAACGCCUCCCUCCUGGAGUUGGAUCCUGAGCAGAUGCUUGCAGAUGCCUUGAAAAAGCCUCUGCGCAGCCUAUCCAAGGCGGCAGGACAGCUGCACAGCUUGGCAAACAAAACCUUCGAUGCCAUGAACAACUUCGUGGAUGCUGGCAUGGAUGCGGCUGCUAAGAAGCUGCCGCAAGAUUUGGUCAGCAAUGUGUCCGACAUCUUUGAGGGUGUGCAGGCGAAGGCUCGUGCACAGCUUGAGCCGCUGGGCAGCGUGGGCGAUGAGAUCGUGGAGGGCCUCUACAGCACUGCCGACGUAGCAGGUGUUACUGUUCCAAGGUCCAAUGCCCACCGUGGUGGCCUGAUGAUCAUCUCGUUGGCAUGCGCCUUGCUGGUUACGUUUUGA